AUGCGCUUGGCUGACGACAAAAAAUCACCAGACGAAGAAAUGAACUACGGAGCCGCAUGCAUUUUCCUGCGAGGAGGGAAGAACAUUUCCAGAGAACUGGCUGAUGAUGAGAUUGAUGAGCUGCGUGAUGCUUUCAACGAGUUCGACAAAGACAAGGACGGACUGAUCAGCUGCAAGGACCUGGGGAACCUGAUGAGGACGAUGGGCUACAUGCCCACUGAGAUGGAGCUGAUCGAGCUGAGCCAGAACAUCAAUAUGAACCUUGGUGGCAGAGUCGACUUUGAUGACUUUGUGGACCUGAUGGCCCCGAAGCUUUUGGCGGAGACAGCUGGGAUGAUCGGCGUGAAGGAGCUCAAAGAUGCCUUUAAGGAGUUUGACAUGGACGGAGAUGGAGAGAUCACAACAGAGGAACUGCGAUCAGCCAUGACCAAGUUAAUGGGAGAACACAUGAGCCGGAGAGAGAUCGAUUCCAUAGUUAAAGAAGCCGAUGACAACGGAGACGGGACGGUAGACUUUGAAGAAUUCGUCAGAAUGAUGUCCCGCCAAUGACGGCCGAGGACGACCAACAAAGUUUAUUUG